AUGAAUGGUUCAAAUUCGGUAGAUGACUUUGCAGGCAAGAUUUCAGGGCUUGCAUCACAAUCAUCUUCUUUGGGAGCGACCAUUGAAGAACCAAAAUUGGUAAAGAAGUUUCAUACAGGAUUGCCUAGAGAAAAAUUUAUCCAUAUGGUAGCUUCUCUAGAGCAAGUCCUCGACUUAAACACAACAACGUUUGUGGACAUAGUGGGAAGGUUAAAGGCUUAUGAGGAACGAAUUGGAGAGGUAAGUUCAGUCGAAGAUCAAGGCAAGUUGAUGUUUACCAAUACCUCUAAUAAUCGUGGAGGUUACAGUGGUUUCCGAGGAGGAUCCAGAGGUAGAGGCGGCUUCGGUAGAGGCGGCUACAGCAGAGGUAGUUUUGGUAGAGGUGGUUUCGGUAGAGGCAAGGGUCGAGGGCUAUUCGAUGGCCAAAUCCAAGGAGGAGAGCCACAGAAGAUAACCAAAACAAACCAAAGAAAGACUUAUAGAAAGUGA